GAAGAUAGUGUGUAGCUGCUUCUGGGCUCAAGGAGGAGGAGAGGAAUCCACACGCCGACACGAUGAGAUCCAAGGCGAGGGCGAGAAAACUGCCCAAAAGUGACAGCGAGAUUGUAAAUAAUAUGUACGAGACCGACCCCGAUCUCCUUGCUGGCGAAAGCGCAGAGGAGGAAACUGAGGACAGUAUAAUGUCCCCCAUUCCCGUGGGACCUCCGUCACCCUUUCCCACCAGUGAGGACUUCACUCCCAAGGAGGGCUCACCUUAUGAAGCUCCCGUCUACAUUCCUGAUGACAUUCCAAUCCCACCAGAUUUUGAACUCAGAGAAUCUUCGAUCCCAGGGGCAGGGCUAGGGAUUUGGGCCAAAAAGAAGAUUGAAGUUGGGGAAAGAUUUGGACCCUAUAUGACAGGACAGAGGAGCACAUUAAAGGAAACAAACUUUGGAUGGGAGCAAAUACUGACUGAUCCCGAGGUGACCUCCCAAGAGGGCAGUAUAAAAAAGAUUGCUGACGAGCUGGGAAAUGAGAAGUUCUGUGUGGAUGCUGGCCAGGGUGGGGCUGGGAACUGGCUGAAGUACAUCCGUGUGUCCUGUUCCUGCGAUGAGCAGAACCUGGCUGUGUGCCACGUCAACGAGCAGAUCUACUAUAAAGUUAUUAAAGAAAUUGAGCCGGGAGAAGAGCUCUUGGUGUGUCUGAAGGAAGGUGGUUAUUCCCUUGGGAACAUGGCUCCCAGCAUGGAAGAGGAGCCCUCGUUCCGCUGCGAGGACUGCGAUGAGCUCUUCCAGUCCAAGCUCGACCUGCGGCGGCACAAGAAGUUCGGCUGCAGCGCCGUCAGCUCCCUCUACGAGACCCUCAAUGACGAGAUCAAGCAGGAAGGUCUUGGAGAUGGACAGGUCUAUGAGUGCAAAGACUGUGAGAGGAUGUUCCCCAAUAAAUACAGCCUGGAGCAGCACAUGGUGAUCCACACGGAGGAGAGGGAGUACAAGUGUGACCAGUGCCCCAAGGCUUUCAACUGGAAAUCCAACCUGAUUCGGCACCAAAUGUCUCACGACAGUGGGAAACGGUUUGAAUGUGAAAACUGUGUUAAGGUGUUUACGGACCCCAGCAACCUCCAGCGGCACAUCCGCUCGCAGCACGUGGGGGCUCGAGCCCACGCCUGCCCCGACUGCGGCAAGACCUUCGCCACCUCCUCGGGCCUCAAGCAGCACAAGCACAUCCACAGCACUGUCAAACCUUUCAUAUGUGAGGUCUGUCACAAAUCCUACACGCAGUUCUCCAACCUGUGCCGCCACAAGCGGAUGCACGCGGACUGCCGCACGCAGAUCAAGUGCAAGGACUGCGGGCAGAUGUUCAGCACUACCUCCUCCCUCAACAAGCACCGCCGCUUCUGCGAGGGCAAGAACCAUUACAGCCCCGGCGGGAUCUUCGCCCCCGGCCUGCCCCUGACGCCCACUUCCAUGAUGGACAAGUCCAAGCCCUCUCCCAACCUCAACCACGCCAGCCUGGGAUUUAAUGAUUAUUUCCCAUCCCGCCCGCACCCGGGGGGCCUUCCCUUCUCACCUGCCCCCCCAGCCUUUCCCGCCCUCACCCCGGGGUUCCCGGGCAUUUUCCCACCCUCUCUAUACCCCAGGCCCCCCUUGUUACCGCCCACACAACUGCUCAAAAGCCCCCUCAACCACACUCCAGACGCGAAGCUCCCCAGCCCCCUGGGGAACCCGGCCCUUCCGCUGAUCUCUGCAGUGAGCAACAGCAACCAGGCCCCUUCCGGGGAGGAGAAAUGUGAAAGCAGCCUGGAAAACUCCUACCUGGAGAAGCUAAAAGCCAGGAACAGUGACAUGUCCGAUGGCAGUGACUUUGAGGAUGUCAAUACAACCACGGGCACGGACCUGGACACCACUACGGGCACGGGAUCUGACCUGGACAGCGACGCAGAGAGUGACAGGGACAAAACAAAAGACAAGAGCAAACAAAUGGAGACCAAGCCAGAUUUUGUCAGCAGCUCUGUGUCUGCGAGUUCCACCAACACCACCAGUGAGAUCCCUCUCUUCUAUUCUCAGCAUUCCUUCUUCCCUCCCCCCGAAGAGCACCUGCUGCCCACCACGGGAGCAGCCAAUGACUCUAUCAAAGCCAUCGCCUCCAUCGCAGAGAAGUAUUUUGGGCCUGGCUUUAUGGGGAUGCAGGAGAAAAAGAUGGGUUCGCUCCCAUAUCAUUCCAUGUUCCCCUUUCAGUUCCUCCCCAAUUUCCCCCAUUCCCUCUACCCUUUUACGGAGCGGACCCUCAACCACAACUUGCUGGUCAAGGCAGAACCAAAGUCACCCAGGGACCUCCACAAAGUAGGCAGCACCAGCUCGGAGUCCCCCUUCGAUCUCACCACGAAGCCAAAAGAGAUUAAGCCAAUCCUGCCGCCCCCGAAGGUCCUGCCAGCCCCAUCCUCAGGGGAGGAACAGCCACUGGAUCUGAGCAUUGGCAACCGCAUCCGAGCCAGUCAGAACGGAGGAAGAGAGCCACGGAAAAACCACAUUUAUGGGGAGAGGAAGCUGAUGGCAAGUGAAGUCUUACCCAAGAUUUCCCAGUCUCAGCUGCCUCAGCAGCCGUCCCUGCACUACGCUAAGCCAUCACCCUUUUUCAUGGACCCCAUCUACAGCAGGGUGGAGAAGCGGAAGGUGACAGACCCCGUGGGUGCCCUAAAGGAGAAGUACCUGCGACCCUCCCCGCUGCUUUUUCACCCCCAGAUGUCAGCCAUCGAAACCAUGACGGAGAAACUGGAGAGCUUUGCGGCCAUGAAGGCAGACACUGGCACUUCCCUGCAGCCCCUUCCACACCACCCCUUCAACUUCCGAUCGCCACCGCCCACGCUGUCCGACCCCAUCCUGCGCAAGGGCAAGGAACGCUACACCUGCAGGUACUGUGGUAAGAUCUUCCCACGCUCAGCGAACCUGACGAGGCACCUGCGGACACACACUGGGGAGCAGCCUUACAGGUGUAAGUACUGUGACAGGUCAUUCAGCAUUUCCUCCAACCUCCAGCGGCACGUCCGGAACAUCCACAACAAGGAGAAGCCAUUCAAGUGUCACCUGUGUAACCGGUGCUUCGGGCAGCAAACCAACCUGGACAGGCACCUGAAGAAACACGAGCACGAGAACGUUCCAGUGAGCCAGCACUCCGGAGUCAUCACCAACCACCUUGGGACCAGUGCCUCUUCCCCUAACUCGGAAUCAGACAACCAUGCACUUUUAGAUGAAAAAGAGGAUUCGUAUUUCUCUGAAAUCAGAAAUUUUAUUGCAAAUAGUGAGAUGAAUCAAGCAUCAACUUUAGCAGAUAAAAGGCCAGAAAUCCAGGAUAUUGAUGGCAAUUCCCAGUGUCAUGGACUAGCAAAUGAGAAAACAGAAGAUGUGGACGAUGAGGACGAGGAACUGGAAGAGGAGGAUGACGACAGCCUGACAGGGAAGUCCCAGGAUGAGCCGGUGUCGCCCACGGCGGAGCCCCGGGGGGCGUUUGAGGAUGAAGAGGACGAGGAGCCCACGUCUCUCACCAUGAGCUUCGACCACACCCGGAGGUGUAUUGAGGAGGACGAAGCCGCCCUGUUAGAUUUGGAGCAGAUGCCGAAUUUUGGGAAGGGGCUGGAUCUUCGCAAAGCAGCCGAGGAAGCAUUUGAAGUUAAAGAUGUGUUUAAUUCCACCUUAGACUCUGAGGCAAUAAAACAGACUCUGUACAGGCAGGCUAAAAACCAGGCUUAUGCAAUGAUGCUGUCCCUGUCUGAGAACGCUCCCCUCCACACGUCCUCCCAGAACUCUCUGGGUGCUUGGUUGGACAUGGCAGGAGCAGCUUCAGAGUCGGGGACCUUUAACCCCAUCAACCACCUCUGAGAGGUCCUCGAGGCACUGGCCAGAGUCCGAGCGGGGCGGCAGUGGUGCUGCAGCUAUCCUUGCAAAACCCCAGCGAGCAGAAGAUGGAUGAGAGGGCCUCAGGGAGUCGUCUGAACUUUGGGCUGAGAAGGAAACCUGUCCCAUCCGACCUACACGUCCUGCAUUUUUAUCUACCCAGUUUUCCUUUCUAAUUUAUCGGAAUGAACCUCUCCCAAACUGGAUAACCCUGAAGCAGCCCCAGGAUUUCACUGUCUAUAGGACCAGCAAUGAGCAAGACACGAAUUGCAACAGUGCAAUCAAAGAUUGGCCCCUCCAACCUUAGAAAGCAGUGUCACUGAGCCAGUUCAGCUGAGCAGGAGUGGCAGCUUGGAACCACACGGCAGCAUUUCCCUUCCAUCCAGCUGAACAGGGAAGUACUGAGGGAAGAGAGCCAGGGGUGACCUGUCCACUGACCCCCAAAAGAAACUUGUGCUCCCACAGAAUACCAUCCUGUCCUUUGUUCCCAACAAAACACUGCCAUGGCACAAAGCUCCUCCGAGGCGAGGCCUGCGGUCAUCAGAUGCUCCGUGCAGGUCCCAGCUGAGACGUCUCCAGCCUGGAACAUUGCUGAGGUCGGGGUGUGGAUGUGGCACACAGAUGUGGGUCAUCACCCGUGCCCUGAGCUCCUUCUGCCUGUGCUGAGAGGGUUCCCCAUCCCUGCCAGAGCCCGAGCUGCUGCCUGGGCUGAGAGCACCAGAGUGUCUGGGACAGAGCCAUGCUCAGCCAGGGCGGUGGCACUGGCAGUGGUGGCACUCUGGAGUGAUGGAGCUCCUGGCAGUGCUUGGAAUUCCCCAAGCAGAGAGAUCCCGGGGUGAACCCUUCCCUGGAGGCGUGUGCUGGGCGAGUCUCGCCUCACCUGGGCAACUUGGACACAUCUUCUCAUGUGUCAUCUCCCGGGGGUUUUGGGGUGACAUCACUCCGUGCUGAUGGUAUCUGGGGCUGUGGCAGAGGUCUCUGAUUCACACCGUUGUUCUGGCCUGUUGGAUGGUGCCUCUGCACCACCCGCUGCUGCUUGGCCUGUAAUUUAAGUAGAAAGAUUAACAUUUCUGUGCUCCAGCAGCCUGAGGGUGCAGAGCCCUGCUAAGGCACAGAGAUAAGAGUCGAGUUGUCUCUCCAGCUCUUAAGUUGCUCACAGAUAUUUUAUGAGUGAUUUUAAAUCGCUUCAAAGCCUCAUCUCCUUUGCUGAUACACAGCAGCCUCCAGAAAUCCUCUGGGCUCUCUGCCGUUCUCCACUGCAAUUGCAGUCUGCUGUUGGAGCGGGGAAUUUGGAGAUAACAUUGAUUUAUGGAAUGAUUAUGAAGCCACAUGCAGCCUCUCUGCUCACUCAGUAUGGAAAAGGGCAGAUGGAGGGUUCUGAGCCAGCCCGGAGUGGGAAGCCUCAUUCCAUCAUGCCAAAACAACGGACCCACCUCCCCGAGUAAAGCAGAGGUGGUGGUGGCAGUGAUCUCUUUGCAAAGUCAGCUUUGCUCCCAAGAGCACACCUGAGGCUGUUUUUAGGCAGCCGGGAGCCUCAAACUGUUCACGGAGGAAAACAUCAAAGGUGGCUUUGGUGCAGAAGGAACAAAAGGUCAAUUAGCAGCAUCACUGUGUUUCCCAAGAAAAUUUAUCCUCCUUUUUUGGUUUUCCACAACAUCCUGUGAAAGUGGCCCUGAGAACACCAGUCAGUGUAACCAAACUGCUUCAUGUAUUUGCACAAAGCUCUUGGGCAGGUGAAGCCCAAGAGCCAACACUGUCAGAGGAACUCCGGCUCUGGGGAGGGAAGGAACAGUCCCAUCCUAUCCCAUCCCACCCCAUCCCACUGUGGCAGCUGCAGCACAGUCCUGCCCAGGCACUUGGCCUUUAAAUUAUUCCCACAAGGGGCCAACUGAAAAUAAUAAAAGAAUUGUUUCUUUUCCUGAUGGAAUUUAUUUUAAUCUGUAUAUAACUUGUAAUUUGGGGCUAAUUCCUUUCUUAUUUUAUUUCUUCCUUAACAGUAUUUUUUGCAGUAGGUAUCAUUCUUGUGAAGAAAUAAUGUUAAUAUAAGUAUGUAGUGAAGGACCAAAAUUGUGUCAUUAAGGUUGGAUGUUGGAUAACCAGGGAGUAGGAAGAUUUUGUCCAUGUGCCAAAUGCCCCCCAUCAGUCCUGCCAGUCGUGCUGCCAAUUGUCCAGACAAUCAUCCCUUGGGUUCCCUUUGCCUUGGAGGAAGGUUCUAGUGAUUGCCUUGGCUGGUUGGGUAUCUGUGGUAGGGCCCAUGGCAUUGCCUGUAGUGCUGGAACAAGAUCCAGGGUUUGCAUGCUCAGAUCCAAUGUUCUGUCCAUCCUUUGAGGAGGUUGGGAUCGUGCUCUGCAGCACAGGGAGGGAACGGAGCAGCCAAGGGAGUGGCAGUGAGCUGGACACCAAAAUGUGGGCCAAGUAUCAAGAAAUUCAAGUGCUAUUGUGGGGAUUUAUUUGGGGUAUUUAUGGUCUUCCCAUCUACAUCUCAGCCCUGCUGCGUGGUUUCUCCAGAAGCAGUUUGUCAGGUCCUUGCUCUGACUGAGCUCAUGCUGUCGCUGUCCCCGUCCCAGGGAUGAUCCUGACUCUCCACAGAUCCCCAGGAGUGAGGGCUCCUGGUGCUGGCCAGGGAUGGGGAGGUACAAUCCAACCAGGGAUUGAGGACAUUAAAAUAUAGGGUUUAAAAUCAUGAAAUGAUUUUUUUUCCCUUCAUAUCUCCUGAUUCAGUUUUCUCCCCACUUGCUCUAGCUCAUGUCUCCGUGUGUUGUAGGAUCUCCCAACUCCUCUGAUUUAGCACUGAUUACAAAUUUUGAUUUUUCUGGUAAAGGUAAAGAAACAGCCUCACUGAACCUCCUUUAGCUUUUGUUCUAUUGCACUUGAAUUGUGCUGCAGUUCACAGCAGGUGUUUAGGUUUCGGUUUGCUGCUUUAGAGAAGAAUCCCGUAUUUUCAAGGCCGUUUCCCAAGAGGUCUGUGUUGAGGAUGUUCUGCCAUCAGGGCACAGGUGGCUUCCCAGCAGUGGGGAAGGCCUGGGAGCUUGGGUGGGAUGUGGAGCUGUGGUGCUCAGGGCUGUGCAGUGCCAAGGACACAGCGUGCUGGGGAUCCAGGAUCCCAGUGCAGUGUGGGCAGGUGAGGGUGGCAGGGAUGGGAUUGGGGCCGAUAGCCGGGGCACCGCUCAAGGUGUGAUUCAAACCAGAGCUUCCUGUGGGAUCUACUUACUGAAGUACCUUCACAUCCCACAGCCUUAUUGCCACAACAGCACCGAGGAGAGCAGGGCAAGGCCUGUGCAUGUUUGGUGUGGCCGGGCGAGGCUGGGAGCCGCUGGCUGCACCCGCCUGCUCGGCAGGGAUGGAAUCUCAGUGCUCCACAAGGGGCCCUCACUUUUUGCCUGGGCUGGAGCUGGUGGACAUGGGUCUGGUGUCUGUGCAUUCCCUGCUGCCUGCCUGCUCAGAGCUGGUGGUCAGUACCGGUGUGACCACUGUGGGUGGUGUGGAGAACGGGGGUUCUCCUGCAGGAUGUGCUGAGGCACUGGGUGCUCCCACAGGAUGUGUCGGGGUGCUGGGUUCUUCCACAGGAUGUGCCCUUUGGUGCACAGGCUGCUCUGGGUGGGCACCUUUCCAGGGCGUCCCAUGCCAGCCAGGUCCUGCCUCGCAGGACAUCCCAGGGAUGUGGAUGUGCAGGGCUCCACGGGAGCUGCCCAAACCCAAACCGAGCAGGGCUGAACAGCAAACACGAGCCGAGUUUGCUCAGCUGCAUUCUGGGACAAACACCCAGCCGGGGUUCUGUCCUGCUUAAAACAGUGUAGAGGAAGCUUUUGAUUUCUCCCAAAUCAGCACUUAGACGCUCAGUAGACGUUGUCAGAAACGGCUUCUCGUCCCCGUCGCGCGAAGCGUUUCGGAAAGCACUUGCACAAUGACAUGAACGCGUUUGACUCUAAGCAUCAAAGCACUGGAUCGUGAGCCCCCUCCCCUCCCCUCCCCUCCACCCAGGUCAAUCUGCUGACUUACACUCGGUUUUUCCGUGCUGUACUGUGUGUGUGUGUGUGUGGCGGGGCGGGGGCAGCGGGACCCUGCCCGCCGCUGCCCCUGGGAGCACGACGGGCCCGUGGGCAGGAGCGACGGCGUCGCUCGGGUCAGCGCUGGCAACACAAGGGCAAAACCCUCUGCUCCUCGCCCAUGGUCAGUAGUGUUCUCACAAAGCCAUGAAACUUCUCCGUAGUGUUGAGUGAUACUGUGACUAAAACGUUCUUGAAUGAUUCCGAGGUUCCUUUUUCUCUCUCUCUUCUGUCAUUAAUAAUUCUUAGUACCACUUUGGGGAAAAAAAAAAAAAAAAGAAAAAAAAAAAAAUGAAAAAGAAAAAAAAGGCAGCUUUGAUUUCCAAAUGUGCAAUUCACAUGUGAACAAAGUAAUUCUGAAAGUAAUUCUCAGUGUAUUUUACAUUCUCGUUGCUCUCUUCAAAGCAAGAGAUGUUUUGCCCUGAUGUCAUUUCCAGCCUGCAGAAGAUGUAAUUUAAAACAUAUAUAUAUUGUGCUUGCAAGAAUCAUAAAUCUGUGCAUCCUAUGUCAUUCCUUUUCCCAUUGUUACAAUACAGAUAUGAUUUAGGUUGGAUUUUUUUUUUUCCUUUAGACCUGUAUAGUGUUUUUUUAAAUCAAUUGUAAAUGUCUGGUUUUCAUAUAAUGUUUAAAAAACAUUGAGAAAGAGGAUGGUGCUUGUUCCAUAUCAUUCUUGAUUGUAUAUUGCUUCUGUUAUGUUUAUAAGUAAACUGUGCAUGACUUGUGUUUAGCAGUCAUUAUUGUGUCUGUUUGUGAAAUUUUUAUUAAAAAGACAAAAAUUCCGUAGAUGCACUUAUUGUAUAUGUGAUUAGAUUUUGCGUCCGAGGCUCGAAGCCUCGAACUGCCAAGGAAGAAAGAAAAAGUGUUGGCAGUUAUUAAUUAAUAUGGAAUCGCUUUGUUGGGAGCAUAAUGAAAUAAAAGAUAUGAAGUGUAGAAAAUAAUUAAAAAAAAAAAGGCGAUUUUACAACUUUCAUUUUGAUGCUUGUGAUAAAAGACAAAUGUACUUGUGUAGAGAAAUUCCUUUAAAAUAAUGAAUAGAAAAAGCUGAUUUUGAGGUUAAUGCUGUAGAAUAGGAAUGUAUACCAAAUGUAAUCUUUCCAAUGCUACAAUGAAUUUAUACAUGAGAUUGAUAUGCAAUAAACCUGUGUGCUUUUAU